AUGAUUGCCCUCAAAAACAUUCAGACCUCUUUCACUGCCACCAAGCAUGCCUUUUUCCACACGGGAAGACCCGUCAACACAAAGAGUUCUUUCCUGUGCCUCUGCAAGCCCAAUGAUUCCAAUUCAGAGGCUUCUCCGCCCGAAGGAGAUACCCGUAAGCAAGAGCUGCUGGCCAGAAUAGCGAUGCUUCAGGCUCAAAAAGUCCGGCUCACCGACUACUUGGAUGAGAGAUCAGCUUAUCUAACACAAUUUGGUGAAGAAGCCAUUGCUGAGUUCGACAAGAUUGGAGAAGAUGCCCUCAAAGGACUGGAUGAAGCUGGUGCCAGGGUAAUGGAGAAUAUGGAGACCCGCAUGCAGGCCUUCGAGGAAGCCGCUGAGAUGAACAGGCAAGAGAUUGAGCAGAACGAAAACAUAUUAGAAGAGUUCGAAGGUCAGAUGGAGGAAGGCCGGAAUGAAGGGCUGUUCUUCAAGAGCCUGAGCAGGAGGACACCUAUAAAAAAAGCAAAAGCCAAGGAGGAAAUGGAGAAGAUAAACCAAGUUACUAAAGAGAACGCUGGAUCAAAAACCAGGAAGAACAUUUACCUCGCGUUAAUAGGCCUGAUAGCCAUUGGCCUCGCUGAUGCUUUCCUGUCUUCUUCAUCUGACUGGCGAAAGGUUGCAGCUCUCGGAGCAAUUCUAGUGGCUUUACUCUCACAGUUAAACUACGAGCAGAGGAUGUUUUCAGAAACAGAAAAUACAGAGAGGGAAAAGACUCGUGAAGAAAAGAAGUGAAUAUCCUUCUCUAUGUUCCUAAUAAUAUCUGUAUAAAUUUUUUUACCAAUAGUUUUUUAUUAA